AUAUAUAUAUAUAAUAUGUAUAUAUUGCAAGUAAAUUAUUAACAAGGUAGCAUCAUAUGCCACUGCUAUUAUUGCUGUUAUUAUUAUUAUUAUCAUCGUCAUCACCACCUAUAUCUCAGCCAUCGCUAUUAUUUUAUUAAAACCCUAAUUUUUGUUGGGUGUUUGUGGUUGUGCACGUAAAAGCUUCACGGGGUUUCACCUCACUUUCCCUGUUCUAUCUCUAUCUCUAUUCCCCAACCAAAAUCAUACAACUUUCUCUCCAAUCCCUGUGAUCGCUCUUUUGCCACGUUGUCCAACUCUCUGGUUUUGAUGAAUUCCGCCAUCAAAUGAAAUUCGACUAGAUUUUUUUUUUUUUUUUUGUCUUGUUUACGUGGAUGAUUGUAAUGUGAGUUGGAGGUUUGAAGGGUCGGACGAGGUUUGUUUUGUUAGGGUUUUGGGUAUUGUAUUGGUGAAGAGUAAGAUGGAUCGAUCUGCGCUUACGGUGGGUCCGGGUAUGGAUUUGCCUAUCAUGCACGAUAGUGAUCGCUACGAGCUGGUGAAAGACAUUGGUUCUGGUAAUUUUGGGGUGGCGAGGUUGAUGAGGGAUAAGCAGACUAACGAGCUUGUUGCAGUCAAGUACAUCGAGAGAGGUGAGAAGAUAGAUGAAAAUGUACAAAGGGAAAUUAUUAACCACAGAUCACUUAGGCAUCCCAAUAUUGUCAGAUUCAAAGAGGUCAUUUUGACACCAACACAUCUGGCUAUUGUAAUGGAAUAUGCAUCUGGAGGAGAGCUGUUUGAGCGGAUAUGUAAUGCUGGCCGGUUCCCUGAAGAUGAGGCGCGCUUCUUCUUCCAGCAACUCAUAUCAGGAGUCAGUUACUGUCAUAAUAUGCAAAUAUGUCACCGUGACUUGAAACUGGAGAACACCCUUUUAGAUGGUAGCCCAGCUCCUCGGCUAAAGAUUUGUGAUUUUGGGUAUUCCAAGUCAUCUGUGCUGCAUUCGCAACCAAAAUCUACUGUUGGAACGCCUGCAUAUAUUGCUCCAGAAGUCUUGCUUAAGAAAGAAUAUGAUGGCAAGAUUGCAGAUGUGUGGUCUUGUGGUGUAACAUUAUAUGUGAUGCUUGUGGGAGCUUACCCUUUUGAGGAUCCUGAGGAGCCUAAGAAUUUUCGCAAGACCAUACAGCGAAUUCUCAAUGUCCAGUACUCAAUUCCGUCCUAUGUUCAUAUAUCUGCUGAAUGCCGCCAUUUGAUCUCGAGAAUUUUUGUAUCUGAUCCUGCUAAGCGGAUAACCAUGGACGAGAUCAGAAGCCAUGAAUGGUUUCUACGGAAACUGCCAGCCGAGCUGAUGAAAGACAAUGCAUUGGAGCAGUUUGGAGGAGCGGAUGAGCCGAGUCAGAGCGUGGAUGAAAUCAUGCAGAUAAUUGCUGAAGCUACGAUCCCUGCAGCCGGAGCCAACAACCUGAACCAGUAUCUUACUGGUAGCCUGGACAUUGAUGACGACAUGGAUGAGGAUCUGGAGAGCGAUCCGGACCUGGAUAUUGAUAGCAGCGGGGAGAUCGUGUACGCCAUGUGAAGUUAGUGUUGUUGUAUUUGCAUAUACUGUUUCUAAAAAGUGUUGUAUCCUAUACUUGCCAUAAAUGGGUGUUACUAUGGUUGUAC